ACAGACCCGACAUAGAGGGUCCAUCACAGGGAGGGCGCAGUGCCCACGGGCGCGCACAGAGCUCCCUUUCUUUAAGAAAAGGCAAAGGGGAAUUCCUUAUGGUGGAUGCUGCAGCGAUGAGAAGCCUUUUCAUCCGGCUGUUUUUCAGAGUCUCCACUGGCUGCGUUAAUUACAGGGCCCGGGGCUGCACUUUGAGCUCGCUGUGCUCAUGCAUGCUCUUGAGAAAAAGCCGCGCAUCUGAUUCUCACGACACAGACGAAAACCACGCACAAAUACGCACGCGCGCGCACAUGCUCGCGCCCGCCUGAGCCCGCGGAACCAGUCAGCCAGCUGCUCGGGGACAUUCUUGUCCAGUCUUCUGCAACUUCGUCUUCACAGACAGCAGCAGCCAGUGACACCGAGGACGACGUGAGCUGGUUUUAAGACGUGGUUGUUUUUUGUAAAUCCCCACUUAGCCCAGCAGCUCAGGUCAGAGGAUGUGGAGCGUCGCUGCUCCUGCCAGACCUCAGUGAAACUUUUGUCGGUGAGCGGAGCGCACACAGAGGGGAAGAGCUGGACCCGCAGCCCGUGUGUCGGUCACCGGAGAAGAUGGGAGACUUCCACUAGGCUGUCUCCGAGAAAACAUCAUGGCUGUAGACGGACGCGGCCUGGCUCCGCUCUCGGUGGGAGAUGGUGAAUGACAGAAAAGAGAAGCACAAAGCAGGAGAAACGAAGGCACCCUUUCAUCUCCUCAAAACCUCGUUUCCCCCUGACAGCCUCUCUCGUUCUGUCCUCUUUUCAAAUUCUCUUAGUCAACUUAAGAUAUUGAAAAUGCACAUUAGCGCGCACGCAAACACAAGCUGCACACGGAGCUUCAAACGUGCUGCAUCCAGUUUCAGUUUCUGCAGGCCAGCUGUGGAGUACAGGGCUCUGCCCGAGGACUUCAAGCACCAGCUGAGUCGACGGACAGGUGGGAACCUGACCUGGCAUGACGGCCGCGGACAGAAAACAGCGGGAGGCAGAACAGUAAAGCUGCUACAGCAGCCGGGGACCGAGGCCCUGCAGUACCGCUCCAGUGACAAUUAUGGGAUAUAUCACACGAGCCCAACACAGCCCAGCCUGAUCCGUCCUGUUGUUCUUUGGUCUCAACAAGAUGUGUGCAAGUGGCUGAAGAAACACUGUCCACACAACUACCUGACCUACGUGGAAGCGUUCUCCCACCACGCCAUCACAGGCCGAGCGUUACUGCGCCUGAAUGGGGAGAAGCUGGAGCGCAUGGGUUUAGUGCAGGAGACACUUCGACAGGAGCUGCUGCAACAAGUGCUGCAGCUCCAGGUGCAGGAGGAGGGACGCAACCUGCAGCUGCUCAGCAGAGAAACCGUCAGACCUCCACAGUGUUGUUCAGAUGGACUUGUUUUGUCUGCAGACUCCCAAAAGAUAAAGUUAAAAGGCAUUCAUGAACCACAGCGCUGAAGAUAACAGACUCAAGACAUGACAAGGUCCUUUGGAAGGAUAUCCUAGCUGGAUGAUGGAAACACCGGAGUCAGAGUACAUAUAAUCAUGUAACGUGAAAUGUGAAUCAGAUCUGUAGGAUAUGUGCAUCCGGUGAGCUGUGGUCUCCAGAAUAAAGCUGUUAACUGGAA